UGGUAAUUUUCAAAUGUAUAUAUAUAGAUGUUAUAUAUAUGGUUAAACAAUUUUUUGAUUUCCCCCCAAAAGACGCUCAAGUUUAAGAUCUAAUACUACAGGACAGUUUCAAUUCUUUGAUAUAAGUGAUCAAUCUCAUAAAUCCUACAAGCAAUAAAGAUAUAGAGUUGGACAAACACGGACCCCCGGGUACAUCAGAGGUGGGAUCAGGUGCCUAAAAGGAGUAAGCAUCCCCUACCAACCGGUCACACCCACCGUGAGCUCAAUAAGAUAAGUCGUUCAAAGGCGUGUAAAGAAUGAAGACUUCCCAUUUUUUUUGUCUAUUCCUGAUCUGUACUCAGCCUGUGGUGCAAGGAAAAAGUAAAGCAGUAUUAAGUAUGAUCACGACUGGUUGGGACUUGAUUUCAAUGGGUAUCGAUAUUGGAAAACUUAUUAUGGAAAGUGUAGAUGAAGACCUCUCCGAUAAGGUAGAUGGGCUAGAACGUGCAAUCAAUGACUUUAAGAACUACGUAACUAUCCAGAUAUCUAUGCUUAGAGAUUUAAUCAGAGAAGAAAUAUUUGUCAAUUACGUUCGUGGGUUACUCAAUGACGUAGACAGUUGUUUACAAGAAUAUGAGCAUCUCAAAGUGAAUUUGCAUGCUACUGGGAUGAAAGAUAAUUUUUGGAAUCAGUGUAAAGACAUAAUUAACCCACUAAGAGCCCUUCGUGAAAUUCUGAUUGGUGAAUCAGUGAUUGGGAAAUCUAGCUUAAUGACACACCUCAACGAAAAGGAAGGAUUUUGUAAUGGCGUCACUAUGGGUGCUACUUUUUCAUAUAUUUUUGGUGGUUUUGCCGAAGGAUGUGCUGCAUUUUCAAUAGCGCAAACAUUCAAGCAUGGGAACCUCUCUCGUAUUUAUGAAGAAGAGUUCAGAAGGGCGUUUGAUGAUAUAAAAACUUACAUGACGAAGGUAUUUCAAGAGUGUAGCAUCCAGAUAUGUUCUCGGGAUUUUCAGCCGAAACUAAAUGAAAUACUGAAAAUCAAUAAAACUCUCAAUGGAACGAUUAUUCAGUUUCAUCAACAGCUCCCUUACUUAAAAUUCCUCAUUCUUAAAAAAAGGUCAGAUACCCCGGCUUUCCCACGUCCCGCCAAUCAUAUUUUACAGAAUAUGGAGCUUCAAUACAAUGGUCAUAUCUACAGAAUAUACGCAUUAAAGUCCCACGAAGUUUCAAAUGGAACGGGUCCUCUUUAUAAACUUAUUGAAUAUUACCCCUCAGAUAUACUUGAUUAUGAAUUCAGCGAUGAUAUGAAAGUAGGUGGUAACUGCGUGGAAGGAAUGUCCAUAUGUGCCUUUACAAUAUAUGUAAAUAGGAAAGACGCAGGCUGUUUCCAAAUGCAUGGUACAGAUAAAGGUUCAACUGCAAAUGCUUCUCCACUUGUAUUUAUACUCUCUAUUUCCAUUGGAAUUCUCUCAUAUAUAUGAUGAUUUAGAAAUCAAGUGUGUUUGGUUUCAUCGAAAAUCGUCUCCAUCAAAAAGAAGUAUAAAAUGUCCCCAUUAUAGAUACUAUUUAAAGCAUAAUUGUUGAAUAUGAUGUUGGUCAAUACUGAAGGAUCAGGGCGCGGUUUUCUCCAAAAGUUAAUGGCCACCAGUGGCGGAUUUAAGAAGGAACGCAGACGGCGCGCGCCCCAUUAAAAUUCUCAAAUUUUAGGUCAAUCGUGGUAUCUUGGUUAGACAAAUGUUCUAAACGAUAAAAGAAGCAAUGAUUUCUUCCACUUCCGGAGAAACAAAUGACAAAAUCUUUUGAUUUCUUGAAUUACUUUAUUGGGAGAACUUAUUUCUUUUAAAAACCCUUAAAUGUUGCGUCAUUUUAUUAAUUCCACCUUAUUAAAAAUGAUAAAAAAAUAGCGCAAAUGACUAAAUAGGAGAGAUAUUGUAAGCCCUAUAAAAUCUAUAAAAUCCAGGAGCUUCGCCCCCUGGGCCCCCAUCAGGGCUUCGUCCUGGACCCAUUGGGAGCCUCAAGGCGGCCCCAGCCUCAUAAAGCGGCACCCCCGUAACCGCAAUUCCUGGGUCCGCCCCUGGCUACCGUAUCAAGAGUUUGUUAUUUUGACAAUGGAAAGUUCGUUUGAGUUUUAUGAUAAAAAAUAUUAUAUUGAAUAUACAGUACAGCUUAAAAAAUGUAUAACGAUUGCAACGAAUAUAAGGAGAAAAGAUUUGAGUAGAAAUAUUAAUCAGCAAAGCCUAUGUAAAUUCGACAUAGCAAAAUGAACUUCAACGAUGAAGAAUAACAAAGGAUUUCAAAAUGACAACAAGCGUGGCAAGCAUGUGAUUUUACUUGAGAUUACCAGACUUUGUACUGACAUGUAGUUUUGACGUUAAAUUAUCAUUUUAUUUGGUUAGGGUACAAUAUUUUGUAUAUAGAUUACCAUAGUUUGAAAUUAUUUUACUUUGAGAUUAUCAUACUUUGUGAUUAGAUAAUUUUACUUUGCACUUAUGUUAUAAUACUCUAUAAUUAUGAUGUCAUACUGUGAGAUUAGCUUUUUCAGUAGUUUAUUAUACUUUUUGAGUAGAUUAUAACACUUUUCAAUCAUGUAAUCAUACUUUGUGAUUAGAUUACCAAAGUUUAAGAUGACUUUACUCAGCCAUUCAAUCGCAUUACUCAAAAGGGAAACAAAAUUAAAAGUUGGACAAACACAGACUCCUGAAUAUACCAAAGAUUGGAUCAGGUGCCUACGAGGAGUAAGCUGUCGACUAGUCACAUCCGCCGUGAGCCCUAUAUUUUGAUCAAGUAAAUCCAUUGUCAAAGGAACGGCCUACCAAUUGGUAUAAAACACGUCCGACAUUUAACACAAUGACAGUUUGUAUUGUCAAACUAGAUUAUGAUUUGAUGUGUCAUACUUUGUGAUCAGGUUGUAAAUACUUUGUGAUUAGGUUGUAAUACUUUGUGAUUAGUUUGUAAUACUUUGUCAUUAAGUUGUAAUACUUUGUCAUUAGGUUGUAAUACUUUGUCAUUAGGUUGUAAUACUUUGUCAUUAGGUUGUAUUACUUUGUCAUUAGAUUGUAUUACUUUGUCAUUAGGUGUAUCAUACAUUUGAAUGGAUUGUGAUUAGAUUAGCAUACUUUUAGAUAAAUCUAAUCUUAUAUAAUCACACUUGUUUCUAUCAAUAUAUUUUUGUGAUAGUUUACAUUGUUUAGGAAGAAUUCAUUUGACCUCUUCAUUAUGUUAAAUCAAAAAUACAAUUUUGUAUGCCAUA